AUGGAAAACGUUCAAGUAUUCCCAAAAAACACGGCCCCUGGGGAUUUUGCCCUCGGGGACGCUGUACCCAAAGACGCCGCCGACGAAGACGCCACCCCCAAAGGUGCUACCCCCAAAGACGCUACCUUCAGAGACACCUCACUUGAAGACACUCUCCCCGAAGGGACCGUUCCCGAAGCUGCUGCGCCUGAAGACGCUGCCCUCAGAGACACCGUCCCCGAAGAUACUGUCCCCGAAGCCACCGUGCCCAAAGCUACUGCGUCUGAGCCUUCUGCGCUCGAAGAUGCUGCCCCCAAAGACGCCGCCCUCAGAGGCACCGUGCCCGAAGAUAAUGUCCCCGAAGACAACGUACCUGAGCCUGCUGCGCCUGAGGCUUCUGCGCUUGAAAAUGCUGUCUUCAGAGACACUCUUCCCGAAGGCACUGUCCCCGAAGCCACCGUGCCCGAAGCUGCUGCGUCUGAAGCUACUGCGUCUGAAGCUACUGCGUCUGAGCCUUCUGUGCUUGAAAAUGCUGUCUUCACAGACACCCUCCCCGAAGCCACCGUGCCCGAAGCUGCUACGCCUGAAGCUACUGCGUCUAAGGAUGCUGGCCCCGAAGAUACAGAAGAUUUCGGUCGCUUUGUGGAGGACUCAGAUGAAGAGGUCGAUCUCUCAAUAGUUGUUGAGCCAUGGCAUACGUACAAAACAAAGGAUGACUCGACUAUCUUCUAUCCCAUCUUCCUUGUGGAAGUGCUCAACGAAAGGUACCUGGUUGAGCAUAAACUGGGCUAUGGCGGGGGCUCAAUUGUCUGGAUGGCAUUUGACCUACGAGACAAGAAAAAUGUCGCUCUCAAAGUCAUGGCCCCAGGCAAAUGGGCCGACAAUGAAAUUCAAAUUCAAGAUGAGAUCAUUCAACAAGUACAGGACACAUCCGGCCUGGUCAUCUACACUGAGACUUUUCUUUUACUCCGAGAUGAUGGACGUUACCACAGGGUCAUGGUCCUCCCUCUGAAAGGACCAUCCAUCUGCACACGAUCCUUGAAGAGAACUCCCAUGGCCGCUCGUAUGUCUGCCGCUCGACAAUUAUUGGUGGCCUUGGCAAACUUACAUGAAGCUGGCAUCUUACAUCGCGAUAUAACCCCAUGGAACUGUAUGUGGGGAAUCACUCCUAUUGACAAUCUCAGCAGGAGCGCCAAGUAUGAGCUACUCGAUCGGCCUGUGAAACAAACAAUACCAUUCGUCGAACUCUGGAAAAGAGGCGAGCUCGUGAGCCCUGUCGAGUUUCCCGACGAUCUUCGCACGGAUGAAUUCUAUCUCUGUGAUUUCGGUUUAGCAAAGAAGAUCGACGACCAAGCUACUCAAACCGGUCACCCACAGUCGUAUUAUUGCUCUCCUGACCGACUUCAUAAACACAAGCCGAGUUUCGCCUGCGAUAUGUGGAGCUACAUGACUGUUUUCUCUAUGCUCUACCUUACAUUCCCUCCAUUCCACACCUUUUCGAACGGCGGCGUCUUGAGAGGUAUGGUCGAGUGCCUAGGCCCACUCCCUGAGCAGUGGAAAGAUUCUUACCCCUAUCACGAUGGAUUUGAUACAUUGUAUGAUCAGUCAAGGGUUCCUGUUCCGGGGCGUACUCUUGCUGCGAGAAUUGCACACUUUUGCCCCGAUUCGGACGUGGUCGAGCGAGAACUCGUGGAAGAUAUCAUGUCGAAAGUUUUUAUGUAUGACAUCGAAAAGCGGCUAACCGCCAAGCAACUUUUGCAAGAUCCUUCAUUCAAGGCGCUCAUGGAUCGGUACGGUGCUGAGACUUGA